UCUUUCGGCGAUUGGUGAGAUUUGUCGUCGUUUGUGCGAUUUCAGCAUGAGCGGAUACGAGUGUUCAAAGUUUUCGCAGUGCUACCACAUAGGGAGUCAUCUGACAAAUCAUGUCCAGAUAGCUCAUGGUGACCCGGACUUUAAUUCUGUUUGCAAGUUGGAAGAGGUUGAUGGGAAGACGUUACUAAACUUGUCAGUGUGGAUGAUUGAGCAGUUGCUCCCUGCUAUGAAACUGCGAGUCAAACUGCUAAAACUGAUUGAACAGCUAAAAGGAGACAUAAAAGAAAGCUUGCCUGGACCCUCCAAUGUGCCUCGUGCUAGUAACACAGCAGCCUCAGUUUGGUCUACAGAGGUUGCAAGGAUGUAUGGCCACAGAGGCUGUGUGAAAAGAGUGAACUGUUCCUUCAACCACAGCGAAAUGAAGCACGAACAAAAACGCGAAGUCGGUCUUAGCUAG